CCAAUUAACUAAGAAAUACCAUCCAACUUGGUUAAGGACGAACGGAAAUGAAUCAAAGAUGAUAUUCUACAAGAAAUUAAUUGAUUACCAUUGAGUAUGAAUCAUCGACACUUUUUGGGUCGUUAAUAGAGGCACGUAGCAGCGAUACGCACUCAGUGCGCAACCCUUCUAUUAAUAAACGACGUUCAAAAGCGAUUAGUCGCGAUCCAAUUAUUACUGGCAGGUGCUGAUUGGCCGGCCUCAAUGUGGCAAUCGUAAGAAAAACCUACAAAAGAUAGCACCGCUCACGAUCGGCCCAAUUUUUCUCGACCAUUUCAAGUGUCACCUCUGAUCAUCCGACUAUGAAAGAUCAGUAGAUGUUGGAUGAAAAAUUAACUAUACCCACGUACAGACACUCCGAACAAAUCCGUCAACCCUUUGAGCCAGUUGAACGAAUCGAUACUCUUCGAUUAAGAUCAAUACAACAAAAAUUGAGAAGAAAAGAAAUUGUGUCAGUGAUCUAAAUUUGAAUCUUCUAAUAUAUUUUAUUAGAAAAUUUGAUCUGAAACAAAAGAAGAAGCUCGUGGAUCUAAAAUUUUCGGAAUAAAAGUGAGAAAAUUUCAUCUACUCCGUGAUAAAGGAAGGAAGCAAUAAAUAGUGAAUGUCAAGCUUCUAAUAAAUAUUAGAUAGUUUGAUCUAUAAAAAGAGAAGAACAUCGACCUGACAUAAACUUGGGAAAAAUCUUUCAUUUCAAGAGGCUACGAAAUUUGAAAUUUGUGUAAAAUGGCAGGUUACUUGCCCCCUAUGUACGUACCCUCCGAGCCAAAAUGGAAGCACUGGCCCACCUACAUCUACGACAAAAACUACAGCUGUGGGGUCAAUUAUUAUCAACCUAUGCUGGAUUACAUAGAGCGGCAAGGUAGAAGUAAUUAUCGAAGUUCAAGGAUGUCAGAACCACCAGAGUUACCCUGGUCCGAUGGUAGAGCUUUAUGGGAGGACAAACCCGUGGAACCGUACUCGAGGCACGAGCUUAUUAGACGAGCGAUCGACGCCGAAGAUGAAGCUAGGGAUCACCUGUCCCACUUCAAGAUAGCGAAUCGCUCGGACUUCAGCUUGUCGAAGACAGCGCAGGCCAGCCACGUGACCAGAGAGGUGUUCCCACGAAAACUCGAAGAAGUGCGACUGAGAUCGUUACCGUUACUGGUGCAGAGCGCGGUUGUCAGGAAUCGGGCUAGACAGAUCCAGCGAGACAUGGCCAACAUCGAAUUCCAGUCCCUCAAGGACAUUCAGAACAUGUCCGAGGUGCAGGACGCCCUUGAUCAUGGCAGAAGUCUUCGAGGUAAAUCCGCGAAAGCGAUCGAGUUCCAUUUGAGGGCCGAAGCCUUGAAGAACCUGACCAGGAGUCAAGAGUUGGCUGACAUCAGAAAGUAUCAGAGAGAGAACAUGUCGGUUUUGUGGGAUGGCAGGGACCAUCUCAGGCUGAUGGAACAGAGGACGAGGAAUCUGAUCGACGAAGACAAACUGACUGCUCCAUUGAACAACCUGAGCAGAGAGCUGAGAGGAUACGAGGAGAAGUCUAGCAACUAUUUCCUGAACAAGAGGUUUUAUAGAAGAUCAAGUGUUCGGAGGUGGAACAAGGAAUGCUGAGAUAUUCUGUACAUGCAACUAGCACCCUUUUCACGUUUCUGUCGUGGUUACAGGAAUGGUAAUGCCUUUCAACUAUGUGGCUAAACUAACUGUAUCUUGGAACGUCUAAAGCACGAGGGUCAUUCUAAUACUUUAUAUUCUUUUGAAAUUAAGUACUAACACUCUUCCUCGAGCAUUCUUAAUCGUUCGUCAACAAUGAAUUUAGGGGAAAGUUGUAAUAUACCAACAACCCUAAGUUCCGUUCACUGUAACUUGAGCUAGUCUCGGUAAAAAUGAAAUUUUAAACAAGUGAUUUGUAGUACAAACGAAUAAAAAAUUUUCAUUGCA